AUGCGGCUACCAAGAGUCUCACUUCUCCUUACAGCGGCCACGGCCGUCAGCGCUCAAGUGGUUGGCAUCCUGACAGGCAUCAACGUGUCAACAGGCGAGCGACCGGCGAGGCGGAACAUCAAUGACCUUUAUGCAGAGGGAGGACCUGCGUGGGAUCUUUACAUUCAGGGGUUGAUAUCCCUCCAGAGCGUCAACCAGAGCGACUGGUCGUCGUACUACCAGAUAAUGGGUAUUCACGGCCUUCCUUUCACGGGGUACAACGGGGUCGAGCAAGUUCCUGGAGGAGCUCGGAUAGGAUUCUGCCCUCACGGUCAAAUCAAUUUCGGAACGUGGCAUCGUCCUUAUGUCGCCCUUUACGAGCAAGUCCUUGCACAGCAUGUACAAAGGGCGGCAAGCAACUAUACUGGUACCCAGGGCCCGGCAUACAAGGUUGCGGCGGCAAACUUCCGGAUAGGAUACUGGGACUGGGCGCACGAGGCGACCUUCCCACCUGUGACAAUGCUGCCUACGCUCACCAUCAACACCGCCGCCGGACCUGCGACGGUUCGCAACCCGCUGUACGCUUACGGUUUCCAAACCUUUCCAUUCACGGAUCCAGACUUUGGCGGCCAUGGUCAAUUGACUAGAUAUCCACAAACGAAACGAUGUGCAAACAGGCGGGGGGAACAGGAUUGGACCAAGGCGAACUCUCUGCUGUCAGGCUCGGCCGAUUGGUUUAGGGACGCAGUCUACGAUGUGUUUACCCAAGCCCAAAGCUUUGAGGAGAUGACAACCUCUUCCAACUCUGGACCGAGCUUCGAGGAUCCUCACAACUCUGUCCACAACGAGGUGGCUUGCUUCGGAGUCAACAACCGAUACGGACAUAUGUCCCAGCUCGCAUGGUCCGCAUUCGAUCCCAUAUUCAUGCUGCAUCACACCAACGUCGAUCGGCUGAUAGCCAUGUGGCAAGCUAUCCAUUACAACGACAGCAUGUUUACAUCUACCGCAAACGGUUUCGCACUCUAUGGCGUCCCAUACGGACCCGUUACCCCCGACAGCCCACUGAAGCCUUUCAAGGAUGCGAGCGGCAAUUUCUACACCAGCAAGACGGUUGAGCAGAUCAAGACUUUCGGAUAUACCUACCCCGAGAUCCGCGACUGGGCGUACACACGCGAUCAGCUAUCUGGAGCCGUCAUCCAGCAGGUCAAUCUUCUGUACGGAGGUGGUUCGGCCGCUUCCGCGGGCAAGACCAAACGCUGGCAGUACUCUCGAUUCGCGCGCGGUGCGCUGGAACAGAGGAGCGAUGCUGCCAAGGGUUCCCCGCAGCCUGCAUCAAAGGACUAUGCGGUAGAGAUCAAGGUUGAGCGAGAGGAGUUGCCGCUGCCAUGUUCCAUCGAUAUCUUCCUGGGCGACUCACGAGUGGGCACGACAGCCAUCCUGGGCAUGCCCGAAAAGGGUUGUUUCCAUUCUUCUAUUCCCCUGCGCAGACAACUACAGAGGAAGAAUGUGAAACUCGACCAGUCCACGGACGUUGUGGACAUGCUGCAGCAAGGUCUUCGCGUGGAGAUCUACAAGGAUGAUGGCUCAAAAGUGCCCGUCGAGUCGGUCCCGAGCCUGCAGGCGGACAUCAAGGCCCGAGACUUUGUUCCGCGGAGGAGCAACUCUGAACUGCCCAAAUUUGGCGAGGUGCAACGGCAUUCUGUCAAAAUCACGACUCCAGAGGGAUACGGCGGCCGAGCUCGGUCAGACUGA